AUGGCUUCUACUACUGCUACUGGUGAUAAUGAUGAAAAUACUACUAUAUCAUUUGGCUGUGAUUAUGCCAAAAGUAGUAAUGCAAAAUGUCAUGGUAAGUAUUGUGAAAAUGAAAUUAGUAAAGGAACACUUCGUCUAUCUCGUUUAAUACCAAAUCCAUUCAUUCCACAAUCAUCAACACGUGAAGAACAAUUAAUGCCUGUUUAUUAUCAUGUCCAAUGUAUGAUAAAUUAUUUGCGAACAGGAAAUGAAAAGAAAAAACGUAUUGAAAAUGUUGCAAAAAAUCUUCAAGGUUUUGACGAAUUAAAAAAGAAAGAUCAAGAAAAAUUAAAAAAACUUUUUAAUUAUGAAGAAAAACUUCAAGGAAAUUUAUCUGAAACAUCAACAACUGUCCAAACAACUUAUUUAGAACAUGAUAAAGAUAAAAAAUAUUGGCAAAUAUCUUAUGAUAAUAAAUCAACUAAAACAAAAUAUGGUUUAUUAGAUGAACCAGAUUCAAAUGCUAUUAUUUUAUAUAAAGAUUUUUCAAAUAAAGCCGAAGCGAAAAAAUAUGCUGAUAAAAAAAUACAAGAAAAAAUUCAAAAAAAUGAAUAUACUCUUAAAAAACAAACAGGUGUUACAACAAAUAAUCAAACACCAGUAGCAACCAAACGAAAAAGAAAACAAUCACCAGCACCUGCUAAUACAGCCUCAACUAAACGUAUAAAAAAGCAAAGAACAAUAAUAACAACUGCUACAAGAAAACAACCGACAAGAUCCGCAUCGAUCAGAAAAUGA